AUGAUAUCGAAACCUUGUCUUCCGCCGGGGUUCAGGUUUCACCCAACGGACCAGGAGCUUCUCAUCUACUACCUCAAGCAGAAAAUCACAUUCUCUUCUCCUUCCAACUCUUCUUCUUCGUCGCCGUCCAUUAAUAUCAAUUGUCCCGAUCAAGUCUCUCUCAUCGCCGACAUCAACAUCUACAAGUUCAAUCCAUGGGAGCUCCCAAGCAUGGCUUUGUUUGGGGAGAGCGAGUGGUUCUUCUUCAGCCCACGGGACAGGAAGUAUCCCAACGGGGCUCGGCCCAACCGGACGGCGGGCUCCGGUUACUGGAAAGCCACGGGUACCGAUAAGCCCAUACUAUCCACCAAUGGCGCGCAGUGCCUCGGCGUCAAGAAGGCGCUUGUGUUCUACCAAGGCCGACCUCCCAAGGGGAGAAAGACUAGUUGGAUGAUGCUCGAGUAUCGCCUCCUCGACGACCCUAACCAGCUCCGCACUCUCAAACGCUCCAUGCGUUUGGAUGAUUUUGUGUUGUGCCGGGUAAGGCUGAAGAGCAACGGGCCCAACCCAAUAAGAGAAGAGAGUGGUUUCAUAAACGGCAGCGGUUCAACUCCACUGAUCUCCAUGGGGAGCCAGCUGCCGCUAGGCUUGCAAGAAACGACGACGGUUAAGGAUGAAAGCAAGACGGGCGGUCUUCAGCUGCACGACGGCUACGGGGGAUACGAUUUCCAAGCAUGCCUGGCGUCCCUAGGACACGAAGGCCACGCUGACGUGGAAGCUGGAGGAGGAGGAAAUGAUCAUCAUAAACAGGAAGCGUGCACUCCAAGGUACUCGAAAUGCGAAACGACGGCGUCUUCUGCCGACGACGCCUUUGAAUAUUAUUCCAUCGGGAAGGGGCUUUCCUUCGGAGGGUUUGAGGACCUGGAGCCGACGCCGGCGAAGAAAAUGAGGUUGCUAGAAGUAGAAGAAACUCCUACUUUGAGUAGCAGCCGUAGUAAUUAUCCAAGAGAUGAUGAUGGCAAAUUACACGACCAAAGUAGUACAGUGACUAUCUUUGACGUGUCAUCGUGCAGCUUGUCCCACUACUAA